GGUCCCGGCAGCUUCUAGUAGGUUCCAGAAGGCGGCGCGUGCGGUUGGGAACGCGGAGCGGACGAAUUCGAUUCAACGGGGUUCCGGGCCAGGCUAUGGAGCAGGUGAAUGAGCUAAAGGAGAAGGGCAAUAAGGCCCUGAGUGCUGGGAACAUUGAUGAUGCCUUACAGUGCUACUCUGAGGCAAUUAAACUAGAUCCUCAGAACCAUGUGCUCUAUAGCAAUCGCUCUGCAGCCUAUGCCAAGAAAGGAGACUACCAGAAGGCGUAUGAGGACGGUUGCAAGACUGUUGACCUGAAGCCUGACUGGGGCAAGGGUUAUUCAAGAAAAGCAGCAGCCCUUGAGUUCUUAAACCGGUUUGAAGAAGCCAAACGAACCUAUGAAGAAGGUUUAAAACAUGAAGCCAAUAAUCUCCAGCUUAAGGAAGGCUUGCAGAACAUGGAGGCCAGGUUGGCAGAGAGGAAAUUUAUGAAUCCUUUCAACUUGCCUAAUCUGUACCAGAAGUUAGAGAAUGAUCCCAGGACAAGGACACUGCUCAGUGACCCCACCUACAGGGAACUCAUAGAGCAGCUACAGAACAAGCCUUCAGACCUGGGCACGAAACUCCAAGAUCCCCGGGUCAUGACUACUCUCAGUGUCCUCCUUGGAGUUGAUCUGGGCAGUAUGGAUGAAGAGGAAGAGGCAGCAACACCCCCACCUCCACCCCCUCCUAAAAAGGAGGCCAAGCCAGAACCAAUGGAAGAAGAUCUUCCAGAGAAUAAGAAACAGGCUCUGAAAGAAAAGGAACUGGGAAAUGAUGCCUACAAGAAGAAAGAUUUUGACAAGGCCCUGAAGCAUUAUGACAAGGCCAAGGAGCUGGACCCUACCAAUAUGACUUACAUAACUAAUCAAGCAGCUGUGCACUUUGAGAAGGGCGACUACAACAAAUGCCGGGAGCUCUGUGAGAAGGCCAUUGAAGUAGGCAGAGAGAACCGAGAGGACUACCGGCAGAUCGCCAAAGCUUAUGCUCGAAUUGGCAAUUCCUAUUUCAAAGAAGAAAGGUACAAGGAUGCUAUCCAUUUCUACAACAAGUCUCUGGCAGAGCACCGAACCCCAGAUGUGCUCAAGAAGUGCCAGCAGGCAGAGAAAAUUCUGAAGGAACAAGAGCGACUGGCUUAUAUCAACCCUGAUUUGGCUUUGGAGGAAAAGAAUAAGGGCAAUGAGUGCUUCCAGAAAGGGGACUACCCCCAGGCCAUGAAGCACUAUACAGAAGCCAUUAAAAGGAACCCAAGAGAUGCCAAACUAUACAGCAACCGAGCCGCCUGCUACACCAAGCUCCUGGAGUUUCAGCUGGCACUCAAGGACUGUGAAGAGUGCAUCCAGCUAGAGCCAACCUUCAUCAAGGGUUAUACACGGAAAGCAGCUGCUCUGGAAGCCAUGAAGGACUAUACAAAAGCCAUGGAUGUGUACCAGAAGGCAUUAGACCUGGACUCCAGCUGUAAGGAAGCAGCAGAUGGUUACCAACGCUGUAUGAUGGCACAGUACAACAGACAUGAUAGCCCUGAGGAUGUGAAACGGCGGGCCAUGGCUGACCCUGAGGUACAGCAGAUAAUGAGUGACCCAGCCAUGAGGCUCAUCCUGGAGCAGAUGCAAAAGGACCCCCAGGCUCUGAGCGAACACUUAAAGAAUCCUGUAAUAGCACAGAAGAUCCAGAAGCUGAUGGAUGUGGGUCUGAUCGCAAUUCGGUGAUAACUUGCUUUUCCCCUCUCCCCUUCGCCUAUGAGGAAAGGCGAGCUGGGACGGUGGCAAGCAGUACUGGGCAGAGGGGGGAGAAGAAAGGCUUAUCUUUAUAUUUAUACAUGCCUACAAGGAAGACAGACUCAUCCAGCGCCACCUCGGGCCCUCCCAGCACACGCAUGGUCUUUUCACUGCUGCCCUCAAUUCCGAAUAUCCUUCCCUGCCCACUCCCAGCCUCCCCGUCACUGUCUCAGCUGCUUCCCUAUAGUUGGUUAUUUUUUAUUUGGGGCAGUGGGUGCAUACGGGGAGGGGAGGGUAUUCUUCCCAACCUAGGGUCCCAACUGUCUUACUUGUUCUUACCCAUGUCCCCCCUCAAUAAAACAAGCCAGUCAGGCGUGGUUAUAUGUUG